AUGCCCCGCGCCCCCCGCCCCCGCGCCGCCAAAGCGCCCGGGCCUAGCACCGGCUACACGCCCGCGCAGAUCUCGCGGCACAUCAGCGCCUACUUCAGCGCCACGCCGCCGGCCGCCUGGAGCCUCGGGGCGUUCACGGCGCACUGCAAGACGCACGCGCACUUUGCGGCGAAGAAGACGCCGGCGAUGGUGAACUACUGGCUGACGGAGCUGAAGAAUAUCCUGUCUGCGGAGGAGGGGGAAGAGGAAGGGGAGAAUGAAGGGGGGCGGGAGAGAGGCAAGGAGAGGAGGGAGCGGGCGAGGGCUGUGCAGGAGGAGUGGAGGGGGCGCGGGAGGAAGGACAAGCUCCCGCGCUACACGGCGACAAACAGCAUCGUCGUGCACGGCGACAUCAUCAACUCGAGUGUUGCGAACAUUGCCGGCACAGUGCCCGCGCCCGCGCCUGUUGCGCCCGCUGCGCCCGCCGCUGAAGCUGAAGCUGGACCCGACCCGGAGCCGGACACCGACGACGACCGCCUGCCGACACUCAUCCCCACCGACAUCACCGCGCCCGGUACCUUCCUCCAGCGCUUCCCCACAAUGACGCACAAGGCGCGCCUCACCGCCGUCAAAGUCCUCGAAGACGCCCUCCACAGCCACCUGCAGCAGACUGCCGCCCCCUCGGUGCUGCUCACGCACGGCAUCAUCGACCGCGACGACGCGGCGACCGCUGCGCUGUUCACCACCGCAGAGAUGAAGGCGAUAUCGGCGCUGGCGCCGCGGCCACCGGAGCAGGACACGGCGUUCGAGUAUGCGUGUGCGCGGUACACGGAGGGGAGGGGCGACGCAGAGUGGUACCGGGUUGUGUCGGAGACGCCGCCGCGGCCGCCGGGGGUGCGGUAUGAGCGGGGGGUCAAUUUUAAUGCGACGUAUGUUAACCAUGCGGUGGGGGCUGUAUUGGGCAAUAUGGAGCAUCUGGCGGGGAUGUGCAGCUUUGCGCCGGAGCCGAACGAGGGCUGGUUUGAUGCCAACAUCUGGGCCCCGCUGAUCGACUACUGCUUCAAGGACCUGCACGGCGUCUCUCUCUCGCGCAAAGAAAUCAUGUCCCGCGCCGCCCCGCACUUCCGCUUCGACGGCAUCCUGCUGCAACACCAGUCCGGCCAAGGCGCGCGCGAAUACGGCGCCGUCGAGGUCGGCCGCAACACGCUAGGCACAAAGCGCCACACCGACAAGCUCAAGCUCGUGCACAUCCUGCAUGCCAUGCUGCACGGCCUUGCGGCCGAGGUGGGCGGGCGCUGGGAGGUGGCGAGGGGGCUGGAGACCGUGGGCGUGCAUUGUGUCGGUUCCUCCGUGCAGAUUCUCCGGAUGAGCUUCGUGAGCAGGAAUGUGUGUCUGCUGCGUACGGGGCCGGUGCACCCCGUGCCAAGCAGGUUCGAGGACGUGGAGGGUGUGUUUCCGGCCAUGAGGGCGGUGGUGGCCGCGAAGCUCGUGAUUAAGCGCUCGAUUGAGAUUAUCAAGGGGUAUGAGCAUGAGGGCUGGGCAGACGAUAUCUAG